AUGCACGAGCUGUUGCUUUUCGCCUCGGUACCGGCGCAUCAGCAUCAUGAGUUACUCCAACAGCUGGCAGGGUUGACUGCCAUGCAACCUCAACACCGCCUAGAGAGACGACUGAUCUUCAAAGCAUACCGUAAACCCGGACUGGUCAAUGUCCGUGUAGGUGCCAGUCAGGACCUGCAGGGCGCAGAAUUGCAGCGACUGAACAAGAUGCUCAAUGGUGGCAUGUUCUAUACCCAGGUCGUUGGCCCUGUUUCCGAGGCUGAUUUUGGCGCACCUGCUUCGCCAGUCGGCGAGCAAGAUGCACACAUGUCCGGGACAGAUGAGAAAUCGUCUGUCCGGGCGCAUUACUAUGAAUACGAGAACCAACCCUGGAAAUUGGAGUUUAGGGAUAUUCCCGAGGCAGGGACCCGGUCUGCCGUCACAGCCCGGCUGAUGGCAAGUGCUAGUCUGCCUAGAGGCGAUAUCACAGUUCCGAUGAAUGCCUGGGGUUACAACUUUGUCACCGAGUAUGCGGUGGAGGGUGAUAUCUUCAUUCAUAACGACAUUGUCAUCUUUUUACAUCGCAUCCUUCACUACCCCACUGAAUCUCACGAGCCUCGGCGGCAAUUGCCAGCUCUACAUGAAAUGACACCACUUGACAGGAGUGGAGGCUACGUCCUACAGGCCGCCAUCACGGUCCAGGAUGGCGGCAACCAGGAGACCAUGAGGAUUGCCUCUCAGCAUCUCUUUGGGCUAAGGGAGCAAUUGAAGUCCGCUGUUCGUCUGGAACAAGCAGAUCGAUUGUCCUUGGAUACUCGAGCAAAGUGA